GCCGUCCACAAUGUCCCACGAAAGCGUAUGGUACUCGCGCCCGCGCACGUACGGCAAGGGCUCAAGAAGCUGUGUCGUCACCGGCGAGCGCAAGCACGCUGGUGUGAUCCGCAAGUACGGACUCAACAUGAGCCGUCAGGCGUUCCGGGAGAAGGCUGCUGAUAUCGGGUUUGUCAAGUACCGCUAGACAUCAGGUAGAAA